AUGCCCAAACCGAGACCUCCACCCACUCCAACCGGCUCUACAGACCUGGCUGCUGCGGAAGCCAAGGGUCACCACGCCGCGGACAUGGAAUCGAUGUUUGCCCUACCUCCUCCAGCGAUGCGAAGCGAUGCCCAUGCGCAAGCGCGGCCUUCAAAAUCGUCCCAAGCCAGAAAAUACUCGGGCACUGCACCCACACAGGCCACGCCCCCCAUCUCACCCCAGGACAAGCCCCUCACUGGCAGUCCUCGACACAAGAGGACCGCGUCCGGCGCAGUCAAAGCCGCCGUGGAGGCCAAAUGGGCCAGCGCCGAUGGCGCAGACUCGUACGCCCUGCCUCCUCCGCCGAGCCGAGCACGCAAGAUCAUACAAAUGAAGCCCAAGGGCCCCCAGACCAGCACCUCGUCCCCAUCCAGUGAUGCCGACUACCUCCCUCCCGGAUCAUCGAGUGCAGCAUCAGCGGUCCACUCGGCGCCUUCUACCAAGGAGUCCGCGACAGGGAGGGCAGCAACAGCAGCGUCGGCGGGCGCAUCAACCAUCUCGAAGCGCAAACAGCCCUCCGCGACAAGCGCCGCGGGCAGGAAAAUCGCCCGCAAGACCGCCCACAGUAUCAUCGAGCGUCGACGGCGCAGUAAGAUGAACGAAGAAUUUGGGGUGCUGAAAGACAUGAUCCCAGCGUGCGAGGGGGUGGAAAUGCACAAACUGGCCAUAUUGCAGGCUGGGAUCGAAUACGUGAGAUAUCUCGAGGGAUGUGUGGCGCAACUGAAGGCAGAGAACGCGCGGUCGGGCAGUAACGAGAUGAGACCGUCUGCGGCUGCUAGGUCGCGAAUGGAAGUAGACGACGCCUCAGUCGAGGACGAGGACUUUGAUGACAACGACGAUGAGGAAGAUGAAGACGAGCAGCUCGAACGUCAGAACGAGCCGGAAGUGGACGAGCUCGUCGAUCACAUGCCCGACCCAGCUCCUCCAGCCAAGCUACGGAGCAACAGACACAGCACAACGGCCACAACAGAGUGGUCGCUUCGAGAUUCUCGCAGGCCGUCCAUCGCUUCCUUGACUGGGUCCUCGGCGUAUCCUUCUCCGCACAUCCUCUCCCAAUCGCAGUCACUGGGGAGCCAGCCGCAUCAGGGUGUUGGUAUGCUGUCGACGACUCCGACGCCAACGCUGCUCUCGCCAGCGUUCAAUUCCAUUCACUUCUCGCCGGAUCUGUCGCGCACUCAAACAAACAGCAGCGUCGCCAGAUCUAGCACCUCCUUAGCUUCGACGGCGGCGUCGUGGACUACCGUCAACAAUCCUCCGUCGGGAUCGAUCUCGAAUCCCUCGCCCAGCAUGCAGCCACUCCCGUCGCCGAAAGCCAUGAUGGGCAUUCCGCUGCCUCAGCCGGCCAUGACAAGGCUAAAAUUGCCGGGACAAUACAAUGCGGCCGUCCAAUGGGAGAGGGAUGCCGGAAGCAGGAGUCCUGGAGCUGCGAGUAAUGGGUCAGGAACCGCGGAAGCAACGGCCAGUGCGGCGCUGAUGAUGCUGACUAACGAGUGGCGUGGCGGAGGACGACAGGGAGGCCCGGAGGCGGGAGUGGGAGCGGGAGCGCCAAUAGCUUCUGAAGGUGCCGCUGGACAGGGUGAUGUUAAGGAUCGAGGCAAGGGGAUGAGUGUUCGGGACUUGCUGAGUUCCUGA